GCUGUUGAAUUAAAAGCGAAAGUAAAUAGUCCGACUCCGUGGCGCGUCUGUUUCUUUGUCUUGUAUGGAACAUACAGUUUAGCCUAAGAGAGCCUCUCCCACUGCUGCUAGGAUGAGUGUCUCUCAGGAGAGAGAGGAGGCUGCAGGUUCCAGUAAAACACCCAGACCAGAGUCUGCAGCACACAGCUGUGUGUCUAAGAAGCACAAGGACCUGGAUGAUCCUGUGUCCCCAAAGCACCUUGAUGAUGGAGGCCUACAGACCCACAGACCUCCAUCUCCAGUGCCCAGCUGUGUGUCCAUGAAGAGUGACCACUCUAUGCUGAAUCCUCCUCAGUUCAGCACUGAAUCAACACCAUCAGAUCUAAACCUACAGACCCACAGACCUCCAUCUCCAGUGCCCAGCUGUGUGUCCAUGAAGAGUGACGACUCUAUGCUGAAGCCUCCUCAGUUCAGCACUGAAUCAACACCAUCAGAUCUAAAUUCAGAAAAGAAUAAGAGGAAGAGGAAGAGGUCACCCUCCCCUACAACCAGCAGUGAUGAAGACGUCGGGAGAGACUCUUCUACUGAACAAUAUCAGCAGAUCCACAAAUCCCUCCUGCAGAAGAAGUUUAAGUGUCUGAUUGAGGGAAUCCCACAGCAGGGAGACACCAGACUCCUCCAUGAGAUCUACACAGACCUCUACAUCACAGAGGGGGGGAGAGGAGAGGUCAAUGAUGAACAUGAGGUCAGACAGAUAGAGAGGGCAUCCUGGAGAGAAACGGCACAAGACAGACCCAUCAAAUGCAGUGACAUCUUCAAACGCUUACUGGAGGAGGAAAGAUGCAGAAAAGAAGGCUUCCUGGAAGAGGAGAGAUGCAGAAAAGAUGAGGCAAAAAAGAAGGACACAGUCUUUGAGCCCAGACAAUACAAACCCCUCAGAACUGUGCUGACAAAGGGAGUGGCUGGCAUUGGAAAAACAGUCUCAGUGCAGAAGUUUAUUCUGGAUUGGGCUGAAGGAACAGCCAAUCAGGAUGUCCACUUCAUAUUUCCUCUUCCUUUUCGGGAGCUGAACAUGAUGAAGGAGAAGAAACUCAGUCUGGUGGGUCUUAUUCAGCACUUUUUCCCAGAAAUCAAAGAUCCCAGAGUCUUCUCAAGUUCAGCACACACAGUCAUGUUCAUCUUUGAUGGUCUGGAUGAGUGUCGUCUUCCUCUGGAUUUCCACUCCAACCCGAAGUGUUGUGAUGUGACAGAGCCAGCCUCAGUGGACUUGCUACUGACAAACCUCAUCAAGGGGAAUCUGCUUCCUUCUGCUCUCCUCUGGAUCACCACCCGACCAGCAGCAGCCAAUCAGAUCCCAGCUGAGAGUGUGGACCAGGUGACAGAAGUAAGGGGAUUCAAUGACCCACAGAAAGAUGAGUACUUCAGGAAGAGAAUCAGUGAUGAGAACCUGGCCAGCAGAACCAUCACACACCUGAAAUCAUCCAGGAGCCUCUACAUCAUGUGCCAUAUUCCAGUCUUCUGCUGGAUUACAGCCACGGUUGUAGAGGAAACAUCAGAAUCAGAGAAAGUAAACAUGCCAAGGACUCUGACUCAAAUGUACACACACUUCCUGAUGAUGCAGACAAGCAUUAAACAUGUCAAGUUCACAGAGAGAAAAGAGACAGAUGAAGAGGUGAUUUUCAAACUGGGGGAACUGGCUUUCCAACAGCUUGAGAAAGGCAAUCUGAUCUUCUAUGAGGAAGACCUGAGAGAGUGUGGCAUUGAUGUCACAGAAGCAUCAGUGUACUCAGGAGUGUGUACCCAGAUCUUCAGAGAGGAAGCUGGGUUGUACCAGGGGAAGGUGUUCAGCUUUGUGCAUCUGAGCAUCCAGGAGUUUCUUGCAGCUCUGUAUGUGUUCCUCUGCUUCAGCAACAUACAGAGAAACAUGCCUGACCAACAGCAAACCUCUCAGCUCUCUGCUCUGUUCAGAGCUACAACAUGUCAUGGCCUACACAAGACUGCAGUGGACCUGGCCUUACAGAGUAAGAAUGGACACCUGGACCUUUUCCUCCGCUUCCUUCUGGGCCUCUCACUGGAGUCCAAUCAGAAUCUCUUAAAGCACCUACUGCCACAGAGCAGCAGCCAAUCAGAUAGCUCAGAGCAAACUGUGCAGUAUGUCAAACAGAAGAUCAGAGAUCAGAGGAGCUCAGACACAUAUAGGGAUGAAGAUGAAGAUGAAGGUGAAGAUUCAGACAGAAGGAUCAACCUGUUCUACUGUCUGAAUGAGCUGAAUCACCAUGCUGUAGUGGAGCACAAAAUUAACUCAGAAGAGCUGCAUGUAGAGACACUCUUACCAGGACAGUGGAAGACUAAGACAUGGAAGACAUUUAAGAUGUCAGAAGAGCAGCUGGCUGAGUUUGACCUGCAGAAGUACAUAAAGACACCAGAGGAAGAUCAGACUGAACUCCUCAGUCCAGAGGAAGUUCUUCAAAAGGUGCUGCCAGGAGUCACAUCAGCUUUGCUGGAUAACUGUGAUCUGAGCGAUAAGAGCUGUUCCUAUCUGGCCUCUGCACUGAAGACAUCACACUCAUCAAAUCUCAGAGUGCUGAACCUGAGUGAGAAUAAGCUGCUGGACUCAGGAGUGGAACUUUUAUGUUCUGCUCUUUGUCAUCACAACUGCAAACUGGAGGAACUAUGGCUGUAUGACUGUGAUCUGAGUGAUAAGAGCUGUUCCUAUCUGGCCUCUGCACUGAAGACAUCACACUCAUCAAAUCUCAGAGUGCUGCACCUGAGUUACAAUAAGCUGCUGGACUCAGGAGUGGAACUUUUAUGUUCUGCUCUUUGUCAUCACAACUGCAAACUGGAGACACUACGGCUGCAGGGCUGUGAUCUGAGCGAUAAGAGCUGUUCCUAUCUGGCCUCUGCACUGAAGACAUCACACUCAUCAAAUCUCAGAGUGCUGGACCUGAGUAACAAUAAGCUGCUGGACUCAGGAGUGGAACUUUUAUGUUCUGUUCUUUGUCAUCACAACUGCAAACUGGAGGAACUAGAGCUGAAUAGCUGUGAUCUGAGCGAUAAGAGCUGUUCCUAUCUGGCCUCUGCACUGAAGACAUCACACUCAUCAAAUCUCAGAGUGCUGCACCUGAGUCACAAUAAGCUGCUGGACUCAGGAGUGGAACUUUUAUGUUCUGCUCUUUGUCAUCACAACUGCAAACUGGAGGAACUACGGCUGGAUAAGUGUGAUCUGAGCGAUAAGAGCUGUUCCUAUCUGGCCUCUGCACUGAAGACAUCACACUCAUCAAAUCUCAGAGUGCUGGACCUGAGUGACAAUAAGCUGCUGGACUCAGGAGUGGAACUUUUAUGUUCUGCUCUUUGUCAUCACAACUGCAAACUGGAGGAACUACAGCUGCAGGUCUGUAAUCUGAGCGAUAAGAGCUGUUCCUAUCUGGCCUCUGCACUGAAGACAUCACACUCAUCAAAUCUCAGAGUGCUGCACCUGAGUGACAAUAAGCUGCUGGACUCAGGAGUGGAACUUUUAUGUUCUGCUCUUUGUCAUCACAACUGCAAACUGGAGACACUAUGGCUGUGGAGCUGUGGUCUGAGCAAUAAGAGCUGUUCCUAUCUGGCCUCUGCUCUUAAGUCUCCCUCCUCAAAUCUCACUCAGCUGGACCUGUGGGGUAAUGACCAGAUUAGUGCAUCAGCUGUAGAGCCGCUCUGUGCUCUAGUGGAGGACCCACACUGUAAACUGGAGUAUCUAGAACUGAGUGGUCGUACCAUCAGAAAGGAGCGUCCAGCAGCAGCAGCAGCAGCAGCAGCAGCAGCCUCCACUAGCAGCUCCCACUCCUCAGAUGCUGCAGAGCUGCACCUCAGAGACAAAGCCCAGCAGCACCCAGGAGCACAGCUGCUCUCUCUGGACACUCACAAGGAGGGACACCACUGUGAAUCCUGUGCUGAAGUUCCAGACUCCAGCCUCUGGGUCCUGGUGAAGCCUGAAGUCUCCACAGAGGAGAGCGUCUCCACCUACAGCCUGAGCUCUCCUGCAGGGAGCUACGAGUGCUCAGAGUCCGGUCUGCGCUGGACGUGUGCUGGUCCAGUCACCCUGCAGUACCGCUUCAUGGACUGGCAUGUCUUGGCUGAUGAUCUGCCCCACAUGCAGUACAGGCCAGCUGGCCCUUCAAUGGACAUCAAGCUCAUGUCAGGAGAGUUGGAGGAGAUCCAUCUGCCACAUUUCCUCUGUUUGGGAGGUAGCCCGUCUUCCCUGAAGGAUGCUGUGGAGGUUCUGCAUAAGCAGGACAGUGGAGUGUUGAUAGAGAAGUGUGAGCUGAGACGCUUCCAUGCCAGGCUGGUAAAGCCCUCCUUUUCUCCUAUUGGGCUUUUCUAUUCUCUCAUAUCUCGUUUGUUCACUUGGAAGGAGGAAGAGAGGGAUAUGCUGGUUGAGGUCCAUGCAGAUGUUCAGGUCUAUGUGAGCAGUACCUCACCCCUUUCGGUUCCGUGUUCCGCUUGUUCCACAUUCCGCUUGUACCUCUCACCACUGAGUUCAGAGCUUAGUAAGCUAAUAGAGAUGCAGGAGGAAGGAUUCAAUGGCAAGAAACUCGCCAAGCCCCGGCCUGGGAGACCUCUUCAGAUGCAUGAGUACUUCGCUCUAAAAGCUGACUGUGAGACUCUAGGAGAACCGACUCCAGAAGAGCUAGACCUCAGAGAGAGCUCUGACAUUGCUCCCAACUUUUUUGAAGUGCACAUAAAUGAGGCUGUGAACUUUAAGAUUGAACUCCUCAGCUCCAAAGACAAACGGAAAGUCUGGCAAGCAUAUAUCUUGAGUUCUGAGUGCUUUUGGAACAAACCCCAACAGGGCAGUGAUGGCCCUUAUAAUGCUGAAGAAUUCCUAACCAAGCACAGGGCAGAUCUCAUUCAACGGGUGAAAAAUGUUAUCCAGCUAGCGGAUAGGAUGAGGUCAAAUAAACUGAUCAAUGGAGAGGAUUAUGAAAACAUCAGAGUGGCACCAACUGACCAGGAGAAGAUGAGACAAGUGUUUGAUGUCCUGGAGUCUUGUGGUGCUGAAGGAAGGAAGACAUUCUUUAAAAUCCUCCAUGAGCUACGCCCUGCACUGGUGACAGAGCUGGCUACAUCAUCGCCCUGAUGAUGGUUUCCCCAAUCCUGUUGAGCUGAGUAGCUCAUUAGGCUAAUUGAUUGUAUGACUUAUUAGGCUAAUUGAUCACUUUCGACUAUGGGUGGGGCUUAACUUACGUUGGUGUCAUUUUCAUUCUUUGUGUUGAUUUGCCCUGAAGACCACUUUGUUGAUCGAAACAUGUUGGCUUGUGCACAUUUUAAAAUGACCUCAGCCAUAAUAAAGGCUUUUUAAUAUAGUCCUUCUCAUUUUACAUUUAACUGAAUGCCUUUGCUUUGUUUAUGUCAAUGGAUUUUUUCCCAAGAGGAUACUUACAGCUACAGUUUGUGAGACCUUGUCA